AUGGAAUUUCCAGGCAAGAAAAUGGGUUGUACUAAAGUUGAUGACCCGUAUUUUGGGAGAAGAAAACCUUCAGAAAUUGUAAAGCGAAUUAAUCGGAGAAUAUCGCUUUUGGAAAGCCAGAAAGAGCUGCGUGAGAUAAACUGUGGCCAAUGUUCAGGUACCUUAUCAGCCACAAAUUUUAUAAGUAACGAUCGCAGCAAUAUCUUCUAAGCAGGGGAUGAAAAAGGAUGAUCCAAAAUCUCGCUCAAACGAGAACUUGAUGAACGACGCUAUGUUACUUCAAAGACAGAGAGCUGCGACAGCGCCAGGAACAUUAACAACGACAAGCAUAUCAAAAGAUAAAUGGCCCACUAAAGACGAAUUUGAGAGUUUAUUGUUCCGCAUGAUCUGA